AUGGAGCCCGCCGUUAUGGCCAUGCAGACGCUCUGCGAGCGCUCGUGGGAGCUGCGGCCGCUGUGCGAGACGCUACUCGCUCGUCUCGCGGCGAUCUGUGGCUACACGGACCACUUCCGGCAGCAGACGGAGCAACUGUCGUCCGAAGGUGCCGCGCCGUCCCCCGUCGUUCUGCAAUGGCCGGUCCAAGUCGAUGCAGCGCUGGCGCGCUUUACGCUGUUGCUCGAGCGGCUCGCUGCGACCGAAAGCGCCGUGUUCCGACUCGCAGGCGCCCCGUCUCCAGUGUGCGAACUGCGUGUGUUGCACGUGUGGAUGGACGCGGCUUUCCGUGGGUUGCACGCUGAACACGUGGACCCAAGUGCUCGCUGGGCCCAACAGUGGGAGGAAGAGCUCGAGCGCGUGGAGAACGCGCUGCUUGUGGCUGCUCAAGGACAAGUGGACGCUGCUGCUGAGCGGUCGGACAAUGAGCAGCGCGAGAUGAUUGCGGUGGUCAAAUUUGCCUACAAACAAGUGCAAGACGUGACGAGACGGAGUGAGAAGAAGAAGAAGAAGCAGCGGCUCAGUCGCAGUUGUGUCAGCAGUCGGGAAGGUGCAGGGGACAUGGAGGAAGAGGAGGAGGACAAUCGUGCAGUGAAGGAGGAGGAAGCAGAACUCUUGCCUGAUCAUGAAGAGUCCUUGCGCGUUUUGUUUCGGAGGCUGGUCCGCGUCUGUGGCGUCCAAGUGCCCGUGCUCCAGUCGUGGUUCUUGUCGCCUGCUGAAGUAGCUCUUAUGCCGAGCACGCAGCUCCGCGGUGGUCCACAAUGUCAAAUCACGAGCGCUAGUUGGAUGCAUAGUCGAGGUCAGCGGCCGGGUGGUGUGCAGCGACUUCUGAUCAAACACUUUGUCGCGGCUGGUGGAGCGAAGGCAGAGUUGGAAACAUCUCUUGUGCAUGCUGUUGAGGCUGUGCAGCGUGAAGCUGAACUACUACGCGAUGUCGUGUGCCACCCGCAUGUCCUCCAGCUAGCAGGUGCGUCAACGUUUGGUCUCCAACCAUUUGUAGCAUUUGUGAGCCCGUGGGCAGCUCCUGAGGUUGGAGCAGCGACGGUGAUUUCGUUGGAAGACUACCUUAACUUGUCGGUGGAUCACGGACGCCAGCUAGUUCGCCUGCUUGCUCAAGCAGCUACAGGGCUCCAGAGCUUGCACGAAGCAUCGUUAACACACGGCGACAUCCGCUGCGCAAAUAUUCUAGUGGGGGACGAUGGUCAAGCUAGACUAUCGAAUUUGCGCUCGUUCUCCUUAUCGCGGGUUUCAGCGGAUACUGAGCAGUCUCGAUCCUUCUCAUCCCAUUCAGGGUCUCUCAGAUGGCAAGCGCCGGAGUUGCUGAACGAUCAUCCGAAGGCUGCAUUGGCUUCAGACAUUUAUGCGUUUGGAAUGACACUACUGGAGGCUCUAUCGGAAGACUUACCGUAUGGAUUUAUGGCUGAUGAAGAAGUCCGGGAACGAGUUAUGGCUGGCCAAAUGCCUCCUCCUCCGGUCGGAGUAGAAGAGAAUAUGUGGUCAUUAAUCGAAGCCAUGUGCGAUCCUGAUCAGGCCGCCAGGCCUGAUAUAAACACUGUUGUGGAGGAGCUACAUGCACUAGCUGAGGAAGAGCAUGAGCGUGAUGGUGAUGAUAAAAAUUUCGAAGACGCGUCCAUGCCUGCGCUACCAUUACAUCGAGCGUCAAGUGCAGACCACUUACGCGGGGCGGCUUCCCCUUUCAUAGCGGCAACAAAGCCUGUAUCGAAUGCACCAGAGCUUAUCCGGCAACCGAGUAAUUCUACGCACAACCUAACAACAAAGUUCGUCGACGUUGGAUUUUCCGACCGUAAACUUACGGAGUCGCCGCAGCAGACAGAACUUGGUUCAGCAAACCCGAUUGUGUCCGUCGUGGAACUUCGUCAAAAGUGGUUGGGAGUAAAGAUCAACUCGAUUGGAAACCGUGUGGUUGUAAGCAAAUUCUUGCGAACCGAGUCCGGCGCAGCUGGAGAGAUCGAGGCCUCGGGGCGCGUGAAGCGUGGUGAUGUUAUUGUUGCAAUAAACGGUCAGAACGUCCGUGGUCUAGACCGCCUUCAAAUUGGUGCCAUCGUCCAAAGCUCGCCGCGGCCUCUCGAUGUGUCUUUUAAGCGUGAACCAAGUCUACUUACAGACUCAUUUCGUUUCCGCGGACUGCUGAUCGACCCACGCUGGCGUGAUCGAGGUUCUGCGCUGCCUUUGCCAGGAUCCUUGAGUCACAUGCUAACGGGCAGUGGUGACGACAUUGAGCACGAGACAGAAGCCAGGAACGCUGCCGACCCCUUCUCCAUCGAAAUAUGGUUUUCGCUAGCUGAGCUUGGGGAUACGUUUCUGGGUGGCAUUUUGCUAGGAGCUCAAGAUUUACCUUUUCAGGAGACUAGCGAUGCUAGCGGUUGGCCAUUUGCUUAUCAGCAGUUGCUUUCUGUCGACCCUUUGGGCAAUCUGUGGUGCUCGUUGCUCAGCCGUCCCAGUCCGAUAUGCGUGGCUCGUGAGUUGGUGCCUAAUCACUGGUAUCAUCUAGUCGUGGCGUACGGCGGUGAUGCUGGCUCGGACUGCGUGAAUUUUACGAGAACUGACCAGCCGGAGCAGCUGCUGACUAUUUACUUGAAUGGAGAGCUGCGUGUCUCGGACGCUGGUGCUUUGCUUGAAGAUUGGGCAAAAUUGCGACACGUGAAUGUCGGUUCGGGCUGUAUCAGCGGUCUUGCACCAGCUAAGCCAGAGCCACACUUUUCCGGUUGGUUCGGCUUUAGUGGCCUCGUCUAUGACUUGCGUGUGUGGCGACGCAAAGAGCUCAGCACCUCUCAAGCGCAGCUGCUUUUUCGUGGUAGCAGCGACUUUGUUGACGAGCCAAGCUAUUCUCUUCGCCACGACGUGCUGGGUGAAGCCAUCGACCAAAGUUCGGGCACGGGUGAAAGAAGACGUUCAAGCUCUGCUCCAGUUGCCAAGUUACAAGGUCCACCGUUUGCUGAGCUUGUGCGCACGACGUGGCCCCGUCAGGUUGGCGCCCAGGUCUAUAGCUGA